AUGCGCUUUGAGCAUAUGUUUGCAACCAUUCUAGAAAAGCUACGGCUUAUUCCCAACACAACAAACGAGGGAAAGACACAAGACGAAGAAGGCAUACCCUACGUCCAACUCAACGACGAAUACGACACAACCCUCCGGUUAUCAUGGACAAACGAUCCAAAGAAACUGUACUUGUCUGCGUGUUUCGACCCGAAGCGGGAGGCGAAUGUUGCAAAAGACUACAACAUUGAGGGUCUCUGUCCAGUGGUCAAAGAAACCAAAGGCGAUGAAUUCAUACUACGGGACAACGACGGCCGGUAUUACCUCUGGGACGCAUGGGUUGGUGAGUUGAUGAAGUUCCGGGAUUGGUGGAUCGAAGGCUUCACGACAAAAGAAGAGCUAGUGGAGAAUCUCGUGUGCAACAUGACAGAAGCGCAAGCGGACGUAGAAUUCAUCGAGCGGAAGCGUAGAGACAGUGUGGUAGACUAG